AUGGAGUUUCAUAAACAAGAAGAGGAUCCUAUUUCAUUGUACAGUCAUGAGCCAUCUAAUUCAAGUACAACGACAACAACAACCAGUCGAGCAAGUUCGAUAAUAACCGUCUCUCGCUCUUCUGAAAUGUCAGAUUCACACCACAUGUCUUUUACUGCUGGCGAUCAUCAUUAUCUUCAUAAGUUAAUAGAUGAUCUAACAAUAAUUGAUGAUCUAUACAGCACGUUUGAAAGCGAAUCUGAAUCAAGCUCCUAUGAAAAGCAAGUCCUUGAUGCAUCGCGACAUGUGGUACACAAGCAACAGACACUCGACCGCAUAAUGCAAUCAGAGACCACCUACCUAAAUAGAUUGUCGACAUUUCAAGAUACAUUUGUGCGUGCUCUAAAGAUAUGGCUUAAUAAUACAGAGAAAAAGGAAGCUACAAGAAAGAUAAAAGGCACUUCUUUGAUUGAAGCUAUGGACAGUCUAGAGCAGAAUCUCGGUAGCUUACUUGAUAUACACUCAAAUUUCUUGAAACAAAUAAAAGAGAGAUACAGCAUUUGGGGCCCAACACAGUUGGUAUCUGAUAUCUUUAACGAGCUUUUUGUCAAGCUUCCGGCAGCACACACUUUGUUUGUGGAACACUAUGUCGAUUACCUAAUUGCGUUUGAUACGUUGUUCAGGACUUCUUUAUUUUCAAAAUUUAUGCAAAUCAACAAAAAUGAUACCGUGCAGCUCCAAAAGAAUAUAGAGGAGAUCGUGCAUUAUCUCGAAAUGCCAUUGAAUCGAUCACUUGUAUAUGAAAAAGCACUUCAGCAAUUAAAGCACCACAGUGACCCUAAGCAUCCAGAUUAUACCUCUAUUGCCAAGAUUGCUGAAAAAUUUAAAGGAUUUGAAGCGGAAUGGGAAGAAAGGAGAACAGACUGCUUUUCACGCCUGGCAGUCCUUCAAACAUGCUUCACCAUCCAAGGAUGUCCAAUAACAGUGACACGAAGAAAAAGAUUGUUGCUGUCAAACGCGUUUAUCCAUGUCGACGUGGAUGAUCCUUCAUCUACAACCGAUAUCAGAAUAUACUACCUGUACAAUGAUCAGCUAAUACACUGUAAAAAGCAAAAAGAAAAGAAAGAUCAACCUACAGCUACGGUCUAUAAAGGAACAAUCAUUCUCAAGGACUCUGAUGUUCAGCCCUUGCAGCCAACAAUAAUUGAAAAGAUAAAGAAGGGUAAAAAGCCGUUGUUCAAGAUCGGAAAGAGGUCAAAUGAUCCUGCUGUACCUGUGGCAGACAGUGAAAUUUUUGGAUUUGAGAUAAUGACUAGAGAAUAUAUCAAACCUUUGGAGCAGACUUAUUUUGGAAGCCUUCCUGUGGACGUUAUUCCUGUACUACGCCGAUAUGUAAUAAGAGUUCAUUCAUUAGAAGAACAGAAUAUAUGGUAUGAGACUAUUCGUAAAGCUAUCAGUUUAUCAAAAUAA